CUGCUUGGACAGAUAAAUAAGACAAAAGAAGGAGCACUGGAAGACAAGGAGAGACGCAACGGAGGAAAGGACGGAAAAGAGCCAUAGUGGGCUGAGGAGGUGGGGAGGGGGGGCGUGUGGAAGAUAACAGGUUAAAAAAAAAGAGGGGGAGAAAUUGAAUGGCAGAGGAGGUAUGAGGAGAGACAGGGAGGCAGGGGUAGUCACAGGGAGCAGAGGAUAGAGUGAGUUACACUGCAGUAGAAUGAGGGUUAGAGUGAAAGAGAGAGCCAAGAAGCAUUUGAGCCGCCAGCCUUUCACACACCACUCAGGAUCCGUCGCUUUCUGAAGAGGCAAGGAGAGGAAGCCACCGUGGAGGCGAGAAGGAGAAGGAGGAGGGGGGCCGAGGAGGAGGAAGCCAGAGGUUCUACACACAAGAUGGCUGCUGUGUCCUCUGCCUCUGACACUGGGGACCCCAGGGGCCGACACCCCCCUGAGCGCAGACUGCUGAUCCUGGGUGGGCCACAGUCUGGCAAGACCUCCACCGCCAACAUCAUCCUGGGGGAUGAGGUCUUUGACUCGGGGACAGAGACCACUCACAGCAACGUGGGCCAGACGGAGAUCUACGGCCGGCGGGUCACUGUGGUCGACACCCCGCCGUGGGCCAUCCCCAGUGAGCCAGAGGACAACGCCGAAGCCGACAGCAACGACAACGCCGCCGCCGAGUCAGACAGCCUGCCGCAGCCGCCGCCGAGCCUGGACAGCGAGGGGCCGUGCAUGGGGGCCAUUCUCUGCCCCCCUGGACCCCACGCCAUCCUGCUGGUGGUGUCGGUCACCCAGCCCUUCACUGACACCCAGAGGAGGGCCGCGGAGGAGCAGCUGGGGGCUCUGGGGGGAGGCACCUGGAGGUACUCCAUGGUGGUCUUUACUGGGGUGGACAAGCUGCCUAAAGGUGUGUUCAUUGAGGAGCACAUAGCAAACACUGGAGAGGCCCUGCAGUGGCUGGUGGAGAGAUGUGGAAGCAGGUACCACGCCUUUGAUAACACCCGGAAAGACACAGAGGACAACACCCAGGUACCCGAGCUGAUGGAAAAGGUGGAGGAAAUGAUCACUGACAACCAAGGCUGGUACUUUGAGGUGAACGAGCUGAUUUUACUGGAGGAAGAGCAGGCCAGGAGAGCUCUGGAGGAGGAGAGGAUGAGAAUGGAGGAGCACGCUAGACAGAGGGAGCAGAUGAUCGGGGGACCGCCCAGAGAGCUGAGGCUGCUCUUGCUGGGCUGGAAGGGCGUUGGGAAGAGCUCGGUGGGGAACUCCAUCCUUGGCCGGCGGUACUUCGAGUCGGGCCAGGAGACGGAGCUGUGCCUUAGGAGGCAGGCGCUCGUGUCCGGUCGUCGGGUCACCAUCGUCGACACACCGGGUUGGGAUUGGUUCUCGGUGAGGCGGACCCCAAAGCGCAUCCGUCAGGAGUCCCAGCGCGGAGCGGCCCUCCUGCGACCCGGACCCCACACCCUGCUGCUGGUCCUCCCCGUCGUGUCCUCGCUCACCGCCAGGAAGAGGCGAACGCUCCUGGCUCACAUAGAGACUCUGUUUGGUGACAGCGCGUGCCUCCACACCAUGGUGCUGUUCAGCUGUGGUGAUUGGCUGGGCCGCACGCCCAUCGAGGAGCACAUUCUUAGAGGCGGGCGGGAGCUGCAAAGACUACUCGAAUACUGUGGGAACUAUUACCACGUCCUGGACAGCAAGACCCCUGGCAAGGACAGGAGUGUGUCCGUCCUCCUGGAUAAGAUAGAGGAGAUGAUCAGAGAGAACGGAGACAAGGCUUUCCUCCCCAUACAGACCGAGUGGUUGAGCGAGGAGAGCUCUUACUCCUCUGACAACACCGAGCCUGAGGACGACUGUCGAGGAUGCCAGCUACAGUGACACGCUCACGCUCAAAAGGAAAGCGAUCCGGCUUUUCAUCCUCGUUCUGAGUCUUCAACAGGCCCAGAUGACGCCUUGUGUAACUUAAACCUCAUCUCGAUCGCCCGCCCCGUCUCCGAAGAGCUCCGGGGAAAACAAACGGUCCGGAACAGGAGUCCCGUCGUGAGUGGCUCUUUAUUCGGCGUGUAAAAAAAAAAAAGACCCAACUCACUGAUCGCUGAGCCAAGCUCGACCUGGACUGUGAGCGCGAUGAAUGAGCACGCCUGACACUAACUGUUCAAAACACUCGGUCAAACCCAAGAGGAGGGGAAGUGUCCCGCUUCUGCUUCAAGGGGGCGGAGCUCGAUCCCUGUUCCUGAGCAUGUACACAGAUAUCAACUGCUGCUAAAGAGACCCUGUUUCAACACUGCAGAGUAAAGAAGUACUCGUCACUGUAACUGUGUUCAGACCGCACGAAUACAAGUUGAAAGCGUAAAGUCUAAACCCAAAGGCGGAUAUUUUAGAUAUGACCAUGACCAGUCAGAUUUGGAGGUAGGACUCGUGUCUGCAGUAGGUUUGUCACUCUUGGUAUUGGAAGACUAAGAGGAAUGUCUCAAAGUAUGUCUUGUACCAUGACUGGGCUUUACAUUCUAAUAAUAAUUAUUGUGUAUUUCUGCAUCAAGUGCCAUUUCUGUCAUUCAGUUCAGGUUAGUGGUUCAGAGGAAACGGUUUGAGUGAAAGCCACUAAUUGAGUGCUGAACCAAAACAUGGACAGUUACAAAAGAUAAUGACGUGUACUGGUGUGUGUGCACGCCAGUUUAAAUGUGAGUCUUGAGUUGUUUGUGAACACUAAAAGUACACCAUCACUCAUGAAACACCCGGUAUCUUUCCGAUGUUUCAAGCAGGGGCGAUGUUAAAAGCCCUCAUCGUUAACAUUUGGUUCGUUUCUGCUCAGGGAGUCGGGGUUGAAAUGCUUCCUCCAGGGCAAAAUCUGGUACGUCUACAGGACCGCUGAUUAACGCUGACUGCUAAACCGCGGGUUCAUUUAAAUUGGAGUGUUUCUGUGAUUAUUUGCUUCAGUUUGCUGGAAGUCAAAGAGAGCCAGUGUCUGCGUUUUUGGUUGUCUUGUGCUAAAAAAGAAUAAGUUGAAUCUAAAGCAGCAAUAUAGUCAUUCUUAGCGCACCUCUGCUGUAGCAUUCAUGCACAGGAGCAGCUCUAAUAGCAGUAAGGAAAGGCUGUAUUGAAACUGUGUGCAGUCCCAGAUCCCUGCGGAGCUACUUGGGCUGGCUCUGCUUCGCCGUUCGCGGUCAUGCCACCCAGCACAUUUAUCGACAAGGCAGAUUCAGCUACGUGCCUCAGCAUCAAAGCGUGAGAGUGGGAGUGCGGCCCUGCAGCAGGGCAGUACCCUAUAGGCUACAUCGAGCUUUCGCAUGCUACAGAAACAACAUAACCUCAUGAACCAUACGAGCUCACAUAGGGCUUUUGCUACCUUUUUCUACAUCUUUGACACAUCUGCUCCUGACAUCGAUCAUGGUGUUUUGAAAACAAAAAAUAAAUAUAUAUAUAUGUAUUCAGCUCUCAGAGGCAUGUUAAGACACCGCAUGCAGAUCAACCAGUGCCUGUGGAGUUGAAGGCAACCUCACUUCUUAUUCCUCUGACUCUUGCUCGAGCCAGUCCGCGGGAUAUCCGGUGUAACAUCACAUCGCUCUACCUUUACAACUGCAAAAAAAAGUGAAAAAAAGAGAAUUCACGCUCUGAAAGGUACUAAUAAAAGUAUAUAUGUGGCCGAUACCACUGCCAUGCUGUAAAAUUUUAUUUUAUACCAAUGACGUAGCCUAUAAAAGACACCCCGACACUGCUUCUGCCUAUGCUUUACUGACUGUGCUUCAUCUAGUGACGUAGGCUACCGCGGCACUUUGUGUAACAAGCAUGACUUUACAAUUUGAUAUGAGGAUGUUUCAAACAUUCAUGUGGAGUCUUCAGGAGUCCAACUUCACCUGUGAAUAUGUUGUAUAAGUCGUGUAUAUUUGCAGUGUAAAAAUAUGUCACGUUGUAUGCUCUUAGCGAAGCACUUUGCACUGUGUAAGUUCUACCACUUUACUGUAGCCAAAGUGACGUUACUUCCUGUGUGGUCCUUCCUAAAUGGUGAUUGCAUCAUCAGUACUUUCUCAUUCUCAAACAAUAAAAGUUA